CCGGGGCUCUUGGCAGCCGGAGCCGCCGCCGCUCCGCAUUCCUCCGGCUUCCCAAAAGGGGCGAACAUGGCGAUGGGCAGGAUGAGGUGAAGAGGAGGAGGAGGAGGAGGAAAACAUAAAAUUUAAAAAAAAAAAAAAAAAAAAAAAAAAGGAAAGGAAAAGAAAAGAAAAAAACCCAAAAGAUAAAACAGGGAGAGAGGAAAAUUGAGAAAAGGGAAAUAUAGGGGGAAAAAAGGAAAAGAGGGACGGGGAUGCAAGCAGCGCUGGCGCGGUGAUUUCCUCCCCCCCUCAUCCUCCAAAAGGCGAAAAAAAAAAAAGGAAAAAAAAAGCAGAAAUAAGGCAGCCAAAAGAAAAAAAAAGAAAGGAAAAAAAAAAAAAGCCACCAAACCAGCAACCCACCCAACCCACCAAUUCCUUGUUUUUUUCAUGGAGAGCACAAACCCCAGGCCAGCGGAGGAGGACCGGGACUCCUCAGCGCGGAGACCUUUGCAUCAAAAUGCUGAUAGUCGAAAAAACGACUGACUACCCUUCGGCUGAGUACUCCCUGGUGGAGGAUGUAGCCCUCCACUUCACGUGUUUGAUGGACAGACUGAACGAGCAGCGCCUCUUUCAGCCGGACCUGUGCGACGUGGACAUCGUGCUGGUGCAGCACAAGAGCAUCUUCCCGGCGCACAAGGGGGUCCUGGCAGCCUACAGCCAGUUCUUCCACUCCCUCUUCACCCAGAACAAGCAGCUGCAGCGCGUGGAGCUCUCUCUGGAGGCCCUCACCUCGCAGGGCCUCCAGCAGAUCCUCAACUUCAUCUACACCUCCAAGCUGCUCGUCAACUCCUGCAAUGUGCAGGACGUGCUGAACGCGGCCGCCGUGCUGCAGAUGAACAACAUCGCGUCCUCCUGCCAGGACCUGCUGGACACCCGCUCGCUCAGCCUGGCCACCGACAUGGCCCUGCCCGCCGAGGGCUGCGCCGGACCCCCGCCCUACUACUGCGAGAUCAAGCAGGAGGUGGACGCCCCCCACGCCAAAAUCUACGCCCGGGAGGGCAACGACCCCUUCUCGGUGCGGGUGGAGGACGGGACGGGCAGUGGGACGCUCCCCCCCGGCCCGGCCAAGCAGUACUACAAGGAGGAGAAGGACGGAGGUCCCGGCGCUGUCUGUAAGAUGGAGGGCGAGGAGUCCGAGGAGGACUUGGACAGCCAGGGCUCCUACAACCGGGAGCAGAUCAUCGUGGAGGUGAACCUCAACAACCAGACCCUCAACGUCUCCAAGGGCACGGAGGGGAAGGCGGCCGCCAGCGAGGCGGCCGUGAUGGGGCGGCCGGACGGGGAUGGGCGCGACACGGAGGAGGACGGGGAGGAGGAGAAUGAGGAAGGGGAGGAGGAGGAGGAAGAGGAGGAGGAUGCGGAGGUGGGGGAGGAGGAGGAGGAGGAGCGCAGCGAGGAGGAAGACCUGGAGGAGACGACAGAAGAAGAGGACGAUGAUGAUGAAGAUGCCUCAGAGAUGAAAAGGGAAAAGAGUGGGCAGCCCCGCAGGGGCAGCCGGGCACCCAAAGCCACUAAACCUGCCAUGGCAACCAGGUCCCAGGAGAUGGCCAAGGUGGAAGAGGAGGAGGAGGAGGAAGAAGAAGGCCAGAGGGGAAGGAAGAGAAAGAAGGAGCAAGAUGGCUUGGGCCAGAAGGUGAAGCUGGAGGAGAAGCAGCAUUAUCCAUGCAAGAAGUGUCCCCGGAUCUUCAACAACCGCUGGUACCUGGAGAAGCACAUGAACGUCACGCACAGCCGGAUGCAGAUCUGCGACAAGUGCGGGAAGCGCUUCCUGCUGGAGAGCGAGCUCCUGCUGCACCACCAGACCGACUGUGAGAAGAACAUCCAGUGCGUGACAUGUGGGAAGGGGUUCAAGAAGCUCUGGUCUCUCCACGAGCACAACAAGAUUGUCCAUGGCUAUGCAGAGAAGAAGUUCUCCUGCGAGAUCUGCGAGAAGAAGUUCUACACCAUGGCCCACGUGCGCAAACACAUGGUUGCACACACCAAGGACAUGCCCUUCACCUGCGAGACCUGCGGGAAGUCCUUCAAGCGCAGCAUGUCCCUCAAGGUCCACUCGCUCCAGCACUCCGGGGAGAAGCCUUUCAAAUGUGAGAACUGCAACGAGCGCUUCCAGUACAAGUACCAGCUGCGCUCCCACAUGAGCAUCCACAUUGGCCACAAGCAGUUCAUGUGCCAGUGGUGUGGCAAGGACUUCAACAUGAAGCAGUACUUCGAUGAGCACAUGAAGACGCACACGGGGGAGAAGCCCUACAUCUGUGAGAUCUGCGGGAAGAGCUUCACCAGCCGCCCCAACAUGAAGCGGCACCGCCGGACCCACACGGGGGAGAAGCCGUACCCCUGCGACGUCUGCGGCCAGCGCUUCCGCUUCUCCAACAUGCUCAAAGCCCACAAGGAGAAAUGUUUCCGCGUCAGCAACCCCUUGGCUUCGGACACGGCCGUCCCCCAACCCGCCACCAGCCCGGCUCCGCUGCCCCCCGGCCCCGGCGUCUCCCCCCUGCCCCUGCCGCUGCUCCAUCCUCUUCCACAGACCCUCCCUCCUCCUCCUCACCUACCACCACCCCCUCCCCUGUUUCCCGCGGGGAGGAUAAAUUCAAACAACAAUUAGGUGCCCCCCGCCACCCCGGCCACGCGCCCGCACGGACUGCUCUGCCCUUCGGGAACGCCUUUCCCCCGGGGAGCCAAGGCUUUGCUUGCUCUCUACCCCCCUUUCCUCCUCAUUUUGGGGCUGUUUUGGGUUUUUAUUCCUUUUUCUCACCAGUCAUUCUCCGCAGGGAGGGGGAGCAGGAGGAAGCCCUCCCCGUCGAGGAGCGUGGGUGUUGGGGGGGAAACCGCCGUCCGUCCAUAAGGGUGUAGGUAAAAGGUGUCACUCUCAGUUUCAUCUUCCUGCUGGGAUGCUGGUGAGGCUGGGAGGAGCAGGAUAUCCGGGCUUGAGCUUGCUGGCCGGUGCAUCAAUAUUUCGAAGCCGAAUUCUAGUUAGUGGUGCUUGAAUCCCUGUACUGUAAAGCUGGUCUUUCAAGUCAGGCUCUUCACCCACGGGGUUGAAAGGUGGGCACGCCAGGGGAGCCCGCCACUGCCAGCCCCAAUGGCCUGUGGCGAGCGAGCAGAUGUCCCCACUGGAAAGCCAUUAGCACGCUCUCGUUAGCAGCCCUCGACACGUCUUCCCUCUAACGGGUUUUCCUCCUCCACAGGCAAAAGCACAAACACCCACCUUGCAUCUCGGGGCAACUCGCUGUCGGUUCAGUUCUGGGGUGCCCUAAGGGAGCUGGGCUCUGAUGUGCCCUUUCUGCUGAUCCCAGGAGGAGCUGGGCUCCUGGGGAUGCUCUGGAGUCGGGGAGCUGUUCCUGGGAGAGCUCAGGUACCUUUGGGACUGGCAGGAGGGCAGCCUGGGACAGAGGAGCAGGACGCUUCUGUUUCUUGACAGAAUCGGCCCAGAAUAGUGCCUUAACAAUCUGAACAAACCCCUGAGGGACAGGUGAGCUCCAGGUUGGUCUCACUGCAAGGUUCAGAGCUAAAGCAGGACCAUGUUCAUCCUGAGAAUGAUGAUGUCCCAAUCUCCAGUUUGUUGCCUGCUUUGGUCUCCCAAGCUUCACUUCUCCUUGUGGUGCUGGUAUCUGUUGCCCUGUCCUGGUUUGGGGUGACCAGAGGGGACCAGUGAGAGUUGUGGUUGUUUUGGUGAUGCCCUGUGGUGUUACUUAGUGCUUGUUGAAGAUGUUCAAGUCGAGCUGGUCUUUGUUUUCACUUACAAAUAAUAUGGCUGGCUUCAUGCUGAGGAGGAGGAGAAGAGGAAGGCUUUGCUGUCACCUUUUUGUUGGGCACUGAGGUCCCAGCAGGGUCUCUCACUGCUGUGCUCUGCCCCAGGGUGCCAUGCAUUGUCUUGACCAGGGCUGUGGGGUCCCUACUGGGGAAAGUGUCCCCUGUGGAGUCAGAGAGCACCCAGCAUGGGCAGAGAAGGGCUGGCAAGAGGUGGGGGGUGUUCCAGCUGAUCCUGUGCUUCUAAAGCUGGUGUUGAGGUCACCUGUGGGCCAGGUCAUGGAGGAGGUGGUGGAAGCACUGUUGGUAGGUAAGAAGGAAAGAGGUCACUGAGUGGGCUGCAGGAGCCUUUUCUCAUAUGCAGCUUGUGCUGGGUGACAGCAGAAUGCUGGGGACAGGGAGCCACAUCUGGCACUGUGAAAAGUCUUGGUGCUUCGUCUCCUGGACCAAAUCAGCAAAGCACUUGGGCAGCAUUGAGGCUGUCCCUGCAGACAUGGGAGGAUUCAGGGGCUUUGCUGACUGGGGACAUGCAGGAGUCUGACAGGGACAGGACUGGGGAGCAUCUGCCGUUCUCCUGAGUGCUCUUUGAGGUGACUGGUGUCACCUCCUGCUGAGUGGUGCCCCACUGGUGCCCAGCAUCUUGGGAAAGCUGACUGAUGUUAGCAUUUUGGAGCCACAAAGUCCUUUCCAUCUUUGUGCUGGCUGGGAUCCUGUGGAUCCCCAGCGUGGCUCUCAGUACCAGUGAGCUCACCCCCAUCUCCAUUUGCUCCGAGCACGAGGAGGUUGCUAUGGCAGAGCUGCCUCACCUUAUUGACCUUCUCAGGUGGGUUCCAAAGGCUUCUCUGCUGCCCCCCUCCAUGACCCUGGGGCUUGUGGGAUGGUGCAAAGCCUCAAACACACCUGUGAGGCAUGAGGGCUCUUGGGGCCAUUGGCUGUCUGAAGGGACCAUGACCCAUACUGGAAGAUGUUUGCUUUAGAGAAGCAUUCUGUGAAACCCGUGGAGGUGCUAGAGUGGUCCAUGCUGUGUCCUCCUCUGCUGCCUCCCAGAUCCCAUCCCCUUGGGUUUCCUUGUGCUCCUUUUCCCUCAUGUUCAGCCUUGAGACAGGAUGGGAGUGCUGUGCCCUGAGGAGGGCUCACCUUACUUUUAAGGUCUUCUGUGAUGGAGCCCAUCAGCCGAUAGACUUCCCCUCCUGUAAACAUCCAUGCCGACAUUGUGCUCCCUUAUUCCACUCUCCUGGAGGUGGCUUUCCCUUUUCCUGUCCCAGUUCAUCCUCUCCCAGUGACGACCUGCCCCCCUUGGACAUCUCUGUGAGAUGAGAGCACUUCCUUGAGGCUGGAAGCCCAGCGGAAAGCCCAGUGACCGAUCCCAGCCACGUCCGAUCCCCUUCGAGAGCCUGCUCGUAGAGCCACUUGGAGACAUUGAGAUGUGACCAUGCACACAGCACUUUGGAGAACCAGAUCCCUGCUGCUCCCUCCCCUCUCCAAGGCCUGCGUAGUUCCCAGGAGUCCUACAAGGCCUCCGAGCCCUUUUGUCUACACCCUGACUCAGCCCCAAGUGUGUCUCCAUGUCUGGUUUUCGUUGGCGUACUAAGAGCUCAGACGAGUCGCUCCCGCAGUGCCUCGUCCAUCCCGGACCCGUCCCGGCUGGCACUGUUGCACCCCUUGGGGUUAGACAGGGCAGGAGGCAGGAGAGCUGGGUCCGUUGUUUUCAAGCUUUUUAUGUUUUACUUUAAUUUUUUUUUUUUUUUAAUUCUUUUUUUUUUUUUAACUCUUGCACCUUAAUCUCUCACAUCCCUUCUUUGACAGACCGCGAGGGUGGAGAGGGGCUUGAUUUCCAUUACGCAGUUCCUGAAUACGCCAUAGCGCAACCUUCAGCUGACAGCUCUUCCCACACACCUAAACCCCAGACCUGUCUGGGUCGGAAAUUUCUUUCCCACCCCCCCGACUCCACCAUUCAUUUGAACUUUGGGGAGGGAGGGAAUCAUGUGGGGAGGGUCGUUUUUGGUUUAUAUAUCCCAGGAGCCUGGUAGCACAGACCAGUUCGCCUCACGUAUCCAUGAGGCACAGCUGGCCCUUCGGACCACAGCCAUAACCCUGGCGCGGUGGGAAGGUGAUGGAUGGAUGGACGGAUGGGUGGGAGUGGCUGUGACAGUGCAAUAGAGACGAGCAUCCGCUGCUAGACAACUCCUCUGAGGUGACUCUUGGUUUGCCCGAAGUCAGGAGGGAAGGACAGACGGACAGACGCCCUUUGUUCACACGGACGGCGAGAGCUUCCCCACACGCAGCCCCUGCCUAGAGACACGGAACCACGACGGGAGUUGGGUUGAACUUACAAAGGAAGAAAAUAAUAAUUUUUAAAAAAGGAGAAGAAAAAAAAAAUAGGAAUAAGAACAACCUCUGUAGCAUGGAACUUGAAGGAGAUGAAUGAAACCCCAAGCACUUGCCUCCAAACUAGUUUCUCAUGCCUGGUGUUCGGCUCUGAAUUAUUUUACGGCAUUCAGUAUCGGUUGCCCAAACAUGCCAAGUUAAGAGUGUAUUGGUGGCUCUACAAGUGUGAACAAACUAAACAAAGCACUUUAUUCUGUAUAGAUUAAGGGAAGGCGGGGAGGGGAGGGGAAGCUUGGAUGCUUUUCGGAAGCGUCUUAAGUAAUGUUCUAGGAAAUGUAUUAUUAUUAUUAUUACUUUUUUUUUUAUGACCAUGUGUAAUCAAUAUAUGUUUAUCUUUAACUCCAAGUACAGCAGUUACUCUCUUUGGGAUGGUGUGAGGAGGGGGAGGCUGAGAUGGUUGGAUUAGUCCAUCCCCAUGGGGCCAACUGAGGCAAGUCAUUGUCUACCGCAGGAACGGGUGAGUCUUGCUUCGUCAAUGGUCCCGUUGGCCAAUGUCCAGGAGGUCCCAAGAGGUUCAUCAAAGCCACCUCCCAGGGCACAGCUCCCAGUCAGACAUCCCCACCCCGAGCCAUCUUCUGCCUGGGGGUGCUGGGGCUGCUCUUUGAGCCGCCCACGAGUGCAAAAAGUCACGGUAGGGAGGCUGGUUUGGGUUGUCCCUCAAGGCCAGGUCCUUGGCCACGCUUUGAAAUCUGCUUUUGGCCUCUCACCAAGGCACGUCGGGGCUCGCUGAGCUCUGAAAUUGGUGAGAAGUCAGAACCAGGCCUUUCCACUGCGUUCUCCCAGUCUGGAAGUGUUAUGACUGUUACCAAAGAGGUUGCAAGUGGAAGGACUGAAUCAAUAAACGAUCUGUCUUUUAUAAAAGAAAA